AUGCAUUCUCCUAGUGAGGAUCACUUAGCAACAAUUACGAGGAUUUUGAGUUAUUUGAAGAAAGCUCUAUGUCGAGGCUUGAUAUUCAGAAAACUUAGACAUUUGAAUGUCAAGGGUUAUACAAAUGCAGAUUGGGCAAGCAAUAUAAUAGAUAGACAUUCUACAUCAGGUUACUUCACUUUCAUUGGAAAUGUAGUGGCUCGAUCUUUAGUUGAUGCAGAAUACAAGGGCAUAGCACACGAAGUUUGUGGGCUUCUUUGGCUAAGGAUACUCCUGUCCGAAAUUGAUUUUCCACCAAAGAAAGCCAACGAGUUUUACUGUGACAACCAAGUUGCGAGAGAUAUAGAAAAUAAUCUAGUUUACAAUGGCAUAACUAAGCAUGUUGAAGUGGAUAGUCAUUUUAUCAAGAAGAAGCUGGUAGAUAAGCUUAUCAAUAUACCAGUUGUAAAGUCAUAA